AGGCCGGAAGUAGAUCGACGUACCCGGAAGGAAAAUCCUUUUCGUGUUGUAGUGUUGAUGUUUGCGAGCUGCUGCUGCUAUUGUUGUUAAGGGAACCGUCGUCUUCUGAAGGAUGGUGUGCGAAAAAUGUGAAAAGAAACUUGGUACCGUUAUCACUCCAGAUACAUGGAAAGAUGGUGCAAGGAAUACCACAGAAAGUGGUGGAAGAAAGCUGAACGAAAAUAAAGCUCUGACUUCAAAAAAAGCAAGAUUCGAUCCCUAUGGAAAGAAUAAGUUCUCCACUUGCAGAAUCUGCAGAAGUUCUGUGCACCAGCCUGGCUCUCAUUACUGUCAGGGCUGUGCCUACAAAAAGGGCAUCUGUGCAAUGUGUGGAAAAAAGGUCUUGGACACCAAAAACUACAAGCAAACGUCCGUCUAGACAUACUGAUGAGCUUUCUGGCUUUCUGCAGGGUUUUACUUUCUGAGUUGAACCUUAAAAGCAUAACACAGAUGUUCAAGUUACAAAAUAACAUGUUUUAAGAGGAUGAAGUUUAAGCCAGGGCAAUUGAUCGUCUUCAUUUUUUUUGCUCUCAAGAAGGAACAGCAAAGAUGUAACUAGUCUUUGUCUUAAGUUGGUAUUUUCCUCACACGCAUUUUUUUGAACUGGAAUAAGUAGCAAAUUUAAUGAAAAAAAAAGUUUCCCAGUUCUGUAUGCACUUUUCAUUUCGCAUUAUUCAUAUAAUUCCUUUUUGUUUUUUUCCUGCUUUAUUUUAUUUAUAAGUAUCGCAAGAGUGAGAAGGAGAUUGUUGACAUUUUGCUCCGAACCUGGCAUCUAGGCUUGUAAUUCUUACCUUCUCUCUUUACUGGUUGCAUAGUUCUUAAGACUGGCCAUUCCUUAAUUGCAGUUUCACAGGGUAUUUAAAUAUUUGAAAACAUUGUUGCUGAAUGUUCCUUGGUAAUCAGCCCAGACUCAAAUCAGAGACAAGUUAGAUUUGUGAUUUUUUUUUUUUUAAUUUGUUCUUGAAAUUAGAGAAUGCCAGUUCCUUUCAUAUAAGAACAAGGAACACCCAAUAUGUCCAGAUUCACACACAGGACUUCAGAAAAACACGUAUACACACAUUACCUGGAAUUCAACUGUCGUGAAAGCCAGAAGAACAGAACAGUGUUUAUCCACAAUGAGAUGUAGUAAAAAUUAAUUUUCAUUGAUUUCAUUCAUUUCCACACCUUGGGAAAACUCUUUGAAGCAGAAACCAAAUUUUUUAAAUCCUCCCUCCCCUCUCCACACACACACACAAAGAAAACAUAGCAAACAUUUUGACUCUUAUUUGUAACACUGACUGCUGAAAAACGACUUUGAAGUUUCAGAGAAGAAUUUUUCUCCUGCUGUCUGCAGAGGUUCAGGACUAGUGCUUUUGAUACCUUAUAGCCAACUCUGGGGGAGCAGAACGGUGCCCCCCAAGUGCAGUGUAUAGAAACAGUGCUGUAAACCAUGCGAGUAGGCCAGGUGAUAAUACACAUGGUAUGUGUUGCAGUUUUAUUUGUUGAAAAUUAUUAUAAAAAUUAAAGUUUUACCUGUUUAAUUUAUAUGCAAGGUUUUUUCCCCCCAGGAUACAUUGUUAUUCAUUCAUAUACGCCAAGAUUAUAAGGACAACGCAAAAAUACAAUAAAUAACAGUAGUGAUGAGGGCAGGA